AUGAGGUCCAUGUCCGCCACUUGUAUUGGGCCGAAACCGAAAGCCCCAAUUACCUUCACCACCGCCAAUCCCACGGUGGCCUUCACCACGCCGCCUAACUACGCCGGCAGACUAUCUCACCUCCUCGCCCUCCAAGGCUUCGAUCCCCUGUGGUGCCCCACACUCCUCGUACAGUACACCCCCAACACCAUCUCCGCACUCAAACCCUAUCUCUCCCCCAUAUCACUCGACUCUCUCUCCGCCGUCGCUUUCACCUCCCGCGCUGGAAUCUCCGCCUUCUCGGAAGCUAUCGCCGCCCUCGACCAACCUCCUCUAUCUCCUGCCGGCGAAGAUUUCAUCAUCGCCGCCCUCGGUAAGGACUCAGAGCUCAUCAACAACGAAUUCGUUGCUAAGCUAUGCGAAAACGGCGGUCGAGUUAAGGUUCUGGUUCCUCCGAUCGCGACGCCGAGAAGCCUAGUGACUUCCCUUGGGGAAGGCCGUAACCGAAGAGUUCUCUGUCCGGUUCCAGUGGUUGUGGAUCUUGAGGAACCUCCGGUGGUGCCAGACUUCCUCCGGGAUCUCGAGUCGGCCGGGUGGGUCCCGGUUCGGGUCGGAGCGUACGAGACGCGGUGGGCGGGUGGGCAGUGCGCGAAGGUAGUGGCGGAGAGGAUCGAGAAGGGAGAAAUGGAGGCAAUUGUGUUUACGAGCACGGCGGAGGUCGAGGGUUUAUUGAAGAGCUUGGAGGAGUUUGGUUUGGACUGGAGAGAAGUAAAGAGGAAAUGUCCGACAUUGGUGGCGGCGGCUCACGGACCUGUCACGGCGGCCGGCGCCAAGAGGCUUGGUGUUGACAUUGACUUGAUUGGUGCUAAGUUUGAGAGCUUUGAUGGUGUUGUUAAAGCUCUUCGCUUGAGAUUGCUUGGUUCAGCCCAUUAA